UUGUUACAGGGGUCCGUGUCAUUCAAGGACGUAACUGUAGACUUCAGCAGGGAGGAGUGGCAACAACUGGACCUUGCUCAGAAAAGCCUGUACAGGGAUGUAAUGCUGGAAAACUAUUUCAACUUGAUCUCAGUGGGGUGUCAAGUUCCCAAACCAGAAAUCAUUUUCAACUUGGAGCAUGGAGAAGAGCCGUUGGAUGGUGAAAUCUCAAGUCAAGGCUGUCUAGAUGGGAAUAUUGGUUUUGAAACUUCACUACAGGGAAUGUCUGAAGAAGUUUCAAUCCAGUUUGAGAGAAUUAAUCUCUUCACAAGAGAUGACCCAUAUUCCAUUUUAGAAGAAUUGUGGCAAAACAAUGAACAGAUAGGGAGAUAUGAGGAAAACUGGAACAAAUAUUUAAGUCAUGUCACCUUCAUCAACAAGGAAACACUAGCUAAUGAGAGGGACUAUGAAUAUAAGGACAUUGGGAAAAUAGUUCCUGUACACACACACCUUGUUCCUUCAAGAAAAAAACUCCAUAACUAUGACUCAUUUGGAAAGAGUUUGAAGCCUAUUUUAAGCUUAUGUAAUUAUAAUGAAAGCAACGCAGCAGAAAAUCUUGAUGAGAUUAUUGCGUAUGGUAAUAUUUUCACUCAUAUGAAUUCUCAUACAGAAAUGAAUGCUUGUGAAUGCAAUCAAUGUAAGAAACUUUGGAGUCAUAAGCAAGCUCUCGUUCAACAUCAAAAAAUUCAUACUGGAGAGAACCUCUAUUUAUUUUCUGAUUGUGUACAAAUUUUCACCCAGAAGUCACACCUCUUUGGACAUCAAAGUAUUUAUAGUGAAGAGAAACAACAUGAAUGUAGCAAAUGUGAGAUAGUCUUCACUCAGAAGUCCCAACUUGCUGUACCUCAGAAGGUUUAUACAGGAGAGAAACCCUUUAUAUGCACUAGAUAUGAGAAGGACUUUUCCCUCAAGUCAAACCAUGAGAAAAAUCUUACUGAAGAGAAUCAUUAUAAAUGCAGUAAAUAUGGAAAAGCUUUUUUCCAGAAGUCAGAUCUUUUCAGAUGCCAGGGAAUUCCUACUGGAGAAAAACCCUGUGAAUACAGUGGAUGUGGGAAAAACAUCUCUCAGAGUUCAAACCUCAAUAUAUGUAAAAAAAAAAUUCAUACUGGAGAGAAGCACUUUGGAUGUACUGAAUGUGGGAAAGCCUUCACAAGGAAGUCAACACUAAGUAUGCAUCAGAAAAUUCAUACAGGAGAAAAACCCUAUGUAUGUACUGAAUGUGGCAAAGCCUUUAUCCGGAAGUCACAUUUUAUUACACAUGAGAGAAUUCAUACUGGAGAGAAACCUUAUGAAUGCAGUGACUGUGGUAAGUCCUUUAUAAAGAAGUCACAGCUCCAUGUGCAUCAGCGAAUUCACACAGGGGAGAAUCCCUUCAUAUGUUCAGAAUGUGGGAAGGUCUUCACUCACAAGACGAAUCUCAUUAUACACCAGAAAAUUCAUACUGGAGAGAGACCCUAUAUAUGUACUGAAUGUGGGAAGGCUUUUACUGACAGGUCAAAUCUCAUUAAACACCAAAAAAUUCAUACCGGUGAGAAGCCCUAUAAAUGCAGUGACUGUGGAAAAUCAUUCACCUGGAAGUCACGGCUCAGGAUACAUCAGAAAUGUCAUACUGGAGAGAGACAUUAUGAAUGCAGUGAAUGUGGGAAAGCAUUCAUUCAGAAGUCAACACUAAGUAUGCACCAGAGAAUUCAUAGAGGAGAAAAACCGUAUGUUUGCACUGAAUGUGGGAAGGCCUUCUUCCACAAGUCACAUUUUAUUACACAUGAGAGAAUUCACACUGGAGAGAAGCCUUAUGAAUGCAGUGAUUGUGGGAAGUCCUUCACGAAGAAGUCACAACUCCAUGUGCAUCAGCAAAUUCACACAGGAGAGAAGCCCUACAGAUGUGCUGAAUGUGGGAAGGCCUUCACUGACAGAUCAAAUCUCUUUACACACCAGAAAAUUCAUACUGGGGAGAAACCCUAUAAAUGCAGUGACUGUGGAAAAGCCUUCACUCGGAAGUCAGGCCUCCAUAUUCAUCAGCAAUCUCAUACUGGAGAAAGACAUUAUGAGUGCAGUGAAUGUGGGAAAGCCUUUGCAAGAAAAUCAACACUAAUUAUGCAUCAGAGAAUUCAUACAGGAGAGAAACCCUAUAUUUGUACUGAAUGUGGGAAGUCCUUCAUCCAGAAGUCACACUUAAAUCGACAUCGGAGAAUUCAUACUGGAGAGAAACCCUAUGAAUGCAGUGACUGUGGGAAGGCCUUCAUUAAGAAGUCACAACUCCAUGAGCAUCAUCGAAUUCACACAGGAGAGAAACCAUAUAUAUGUGCUGAAUGUGGGAAGGCCUUCACCAUCAGAUCAAAUCUUAUUAAACACCAGAAAAUUCAUACUAAACAGAAACCCUAUAAAUGCAGUGACUUUAGGAAAGCUUUAAACUGGAAGCCACAACUCAGUAUACAUCAAAAAUCUGAUACUGGGGAAGUAGAGUGCCCACUGCCAUAGUCAUGAUGUGGGGAUACAAAGUUGUGAGAGGCUACAGCUUGACUAAGGAGCAGGAGGUAACCAAAGCCAGCUUUCCUCUAUCUAGUCAGACAUAUGAGUAUCUGGAUCACAUAGCCAAUGUCCAGUCACACUUACGGGGAGAUAUUUGGGAGAAAGUGUUUAAGCACUGUGUAAUGGUGAUGUUUGGUUACUUGACAGAUACUGGGGUUGUCAAGCCCCUGCAAAUAAUAGUAAAUGUGCAAGGAGAUGCCUUGGCAAUCUUUCUGGCUUCCUGUUUUGGAUAAGCAGCUUUAUAAAUUCAAGGCUGCUGAGUUUUUCAUGCCCUGGGUAGCAAAAAUAUCCAAUAUUGACCAAAGGGAUUUCUUAAUGAGUAGAGUGCUAAGAAAAUUUUUCAUUGUCUAAGCACCCUAUGGACACUGAAAUCAAGGCAAAAGUAUAGACAAUUCAGGUCUAUAAUGAAGAGAAGCCAGAAGCUUUUGUGAAAGUUGACAUUAAAGACACAAAGGACUCUACUUUUUUUCCUCCUUUUCUUUGGGAAGUCACUAUUAUUUAUUAUUCAUAGUAUCAGUGUGUGGAAAUUUGGAUUAAAAAAUUUUAAAUUUACAACUGGACUCUGAGAUUGGCAAAUCAGAUCCACAGGCUUACCUGAAUAUUCACAGGCAUCUUUAGGUAACCAAUAUGUUCUGUCACUUAUUAAUUCUCUGCCAUGACAGCAGGUAACUCUCACCCAAGAGGUAUAAAGUCCUCCCAGCCUGUAUCCCAAAAGUGAUCAGUCAUGUAAGCAGUAACCCCGUAGACUACUUGUCACCUUAGAACUGGCCCUGAGCUCAUGGAACUCAGCUACGGAUCACAAAUCUAGAUAUCAGUGCUUUGGGUUCUCAGCCUCAUCCACAGAAACCUAUACUUUUUACUGAUUUCUCUUUGAAAAAGAGACAAAUUAUGAAAAUGGGUUUCAAAACCUAGAAGUCUUUCCUUCCAAUUCUGUUAAUACAUUCUCUACAUAUUCAUUACGUGGUAGGUUGCUAUGGGACACAAUUUUCUUGCAUUUGAGCUUGUUUUCUUAGAAGAUAUAAUAUAGUUGCACAUUUGGAAGAGUACUCCUAUACGCUCCCAAUCUCUACAAGUUAAUCUUAUUUAAUUGUUUUUUCAAAUCCUGUAAAUUCUUAUAGACUUUUUUGUCUUUUAUUCUAUCAGAUACUGAAAGAAGUGUGUUAUAAUCUUCCAGGAUAAUUGUGAAUUUGUCUCCUUUAGAUCUACCAAUUUUUGCUUUAUAUAUUUUGAGUCUUUGUUGUUAACAUACAUUCAAAUUUAGAAUUCUUAUACUCUUCCUGGUUAAUUGGAACUUAAUCAUUAUGAAAUAUGUCCCUUUUUAUCUCUAGUGAUGCUUUUUGCCUUAAAAUUUACUGUGUCAGCUGUUAAUACAAUAUGCAUGCUUCACUUACUGAAGGCUA